AUGAAAGCAACUGGAAGACGGGAGGAUUUUUCCUCUUCCGGUUUAUCCGUAGAGAAAGGUCAGAAGGAGGUAAAGAUUCUGAGGAGAGACUUAGAGAGCUCCGGCGGUUCAUGGAAUAUACAGUAUCUACCAUUGAAAUUGGUAGAACCCGUUCCGUCCGACAUUGUAAUCUCAAGAAAUCAGACACCAAAAAAUAUUGAACAGCUUGCCAAUGAAAUCGGAAUUUUACCUGAAGAGUUGGAUCCGUACGGUAGGAAGAAGGCAAAAAUAUCUCUGGAUGUGUUGAAGAGACUACAACAUGUGAAAGAUGGGAAGUAUGUUGUAGUAUCAGCAAUCACUCCAACUCCAUUGGGAGAAGGGAAGUCAACAACAACGAUGGGACUUGUUCAAGCGCUAGGUGCACAUCUACACAAAAAUGUGUUUGCAUGUGUUCGUCAACCGUCCCAAGGUCCCACAUUUGGGAUUAAAGGUGGAGCUGCUGGUGGAGGUUACGCUCAGGUUAUUCCCAUGGAAGAGUUCAACUUGCACUUGACAGGAGAUAUCCAUGCAAUUACUGCUGCCAACAAUCUUCUCGCAGCUGCUAUCGAUGCUCGCAUGUUCCACGAAUCCACACAGAAAGAUGAAGCGUUGUUCAAUCGACUUUGUCCGAAAAACAAGCAAGGAAAGCGUCCUCUGUCGGCGGUACAGAAGCGCCGUCUGAACCGUUUGGGAAUCCCGAAUGUUGAGGACGCGAACGAGUUGACUCCGGAACAGCGUGUGAAAUUCAGUCGCCUUAACAUCGAUCCAAACACUAUCACUUGGAAUCGUGUAAUUGACACAAACGAUCGUUUUCUCCGAGGAAUUGAAAUUGGUCUGAGUGCAACCGAGAAAGGUCAUUCACGAAGAACUCAGUUCGACAUUUCUGUUGCUAGUGAAAUCAUGGCUAUUCUGGCUCUGACAAAUUCACUUGGUGAUAUGCGUGAACAAUUCGGUAGAAUUGUUUUCGCAUCGGAUACGGAGGGAAAUCCAGUGACUGCUGAUGAUCUUGGAGUGACAGACGCAUUGACGGUGUUGAUGCGUGACACCGUUCGUCCAAACCUUAUGCAGACUCUUGAAGGAACCCCGGUAUUUGUACAUGCUGGUCCGUUCGCAAAUAUCGCUCCUGGACAAAGCAGUAUACUCGCUGACAAGGUGGCCCUGAAACUUGUCGGCGAACAUGGCUACGUGAUUACGGAGGCUGGCUUCGGUGCGGAUAUCGGCAUGGAGAAGUUCUUCGACAUUAAGUGCAGAUAUUCUGGACUACAGCCUUCAGCCGUUGUGAUAGUUGCAACGGUGCGAGCUCUAAAAAUGCACGGUGGUGGUCCACCUGUAGCUGCGGGAGCUCCGCUGAGUCACGAGUAUCUUGAUGAAAAUCUGGAACUUCUUGCUGGAGGGUGUGAUUCGAAUUUGAGAAAGCAGAUUGAAAACGCAAACUUGUUUGACGUUCCAGUAGUGGUAUGUGUCAAUAAGUUCUCAACUGACACAGAGAAUGAGCUGAAAAUGGUGGUUGACAAGGCUCUAUCACACGGUGCCAAGAAGGCUGUGGUGUCGUCGCACUGGGCCGAAGGAGGUGCCGGAUCAGUGAAACUCGCAGAGGCCAUAAUUGAUGUAACUUCCGGACCAAAUCCUCAUUUCAAACUUUUGUAUCCAUUGGAAAUGUCGCUCGAGGAUAAGAUCACUAAGAUUGCCCGCGAAAUUUACGGUGCCGACGGAAUUGAGCUGUCGGAAGAAGCGAGAAAGAAGCUGGAUCGUUACACACAGCAAGGAUUCGGGAAAUUGCCCAUAUGUAUGGCUAAGACACACUUAUCGCUCUCACAUGACCCUACGAAAAAAGGAGCUCCAACAAACUUUACGUUACCAAUUCGUGAUGUACGUGCUUCUGUUGGUGCUGGAUUUAUAUAUCCAUUGGUUGGAGAGAUGACUACAAUGCCUGGUCUUAGCACUCGUCCAUGCUUCUUCGAUAUUACCAUCGAUGUGGAGACGGAACAGAUUGAUGGACUCUUCUAA